UGUGGGCAGGCUGUGCGGCGCUCGGCGUGUGCAGGGCGACGCGCGCGGCGGGAGAUCCUGAGGACGCGGCUAUGCAGGACCCAGCCGAGGCGGGGGAGGCCGAGGAGGAGGCCGGGGCCGGCUCCGGGUCCGAGGCUGAAGAGGACGCGCUGUGGGAGCGGAUCGAGGGCGUUCGACACCGGCUGACGCGCGCCCUGAACCCGGCCAAGCUCACGCCGUAUCUGCGCCAGUGCCGGGUCAUCGACGAGCAGGACGAGGAGGAGGUGCUGAGCACCUACCGCUUCCCGUGCCGCGUCAACCGCACCGGGCGCCUGAUGGACAUCUUGCGCUGCCGUGGCAAGAGGGGCUAUGAGGCUUUCCUGGAGUCCCUGGAGUUCUACUACCCGAAACACUCCACGCUGCUCACCGGCCGGGAACCCGCCCAGCGCUGCUCCAUGAUCCUUGGGGAGUGGUCCAGGGUGGGUGCUGGUGCCUCAGCCACCCAUGCAGAGGCUCCUUACCCCAUCCCGGUCAGGGAGGUGCGCCCAUUAUCCCUGUUGAACAGAUAG